CAUGGCUUAUCGCUGUUAUCAUUCACUCUACAAUGGGAUAUUAAGUGUCUGAGCCUUUACUCGGCAAAGCAAAUUGCCACCACUUUGGAGAAAAAGAAACGGAAUCGUUGCAGAAUAUCUUAAAAAAUUCCGGUUAAUCACUCUUUACGAUGACUGCUCAAAGACGUGGUCGAAACGGAUAUGGCGGCAGACGACGACAGCAGCAGCAACAGCAACAGCAACAGCAACAACAACAACAACAACAAGUACAACCCACUGCUCAACAGUCAACAUCGGAUGAAGAAAGCACCGAUGCUGGCUCAGUAACUCGUUGCGUGUGUGGCGAAAGCCACAACGUGGGACUCAUGGUUCAGUGUGAUCAAUGUGAAGUAUGGCAGCAUUGUGAAUGUGUAGGCCUUGAAGAAAAAGAUAUACCCGAUCAUUAUUAUUGUGAGCAAUGCAAACCGCAGAAUCAUGCCGUUGUGAAAUUGGCUCAUGGAAAGACGCGACGAUCGUACAGCUCGAUAGGGCGGCCCAACACUACGGCACCUGUUGAUAAGAAAGCCCCGAAGAAGCGCAUGACGUUCAAUAGUCGCGAGGCAUCCAUGUCGCUGGAGGAUGUGUUGGCUGCACGAAGUGCUUUGGAGGUCAAUUUUCCUCCUUUGGACGAAUCCGCUCCUCGCUCACCUGUUGAUGCAUCGCUGAUUUUCGAGGAUGCUAUUGAGCAACAACAGAAGUUGAGUUUAGAAAAGCAGAAAGAAGCUGAAGAAGAGCAACCACAAUACCAGCACCAGCAACACCAAUUAUCGCAAUUAGCAAGGCAACAGAAAAAGUCUUCUCCAGUUGCUCAAGAGAAUGAUGAUAUGGGUGUGGAUGUAAAAGAGCAAGACAUGGAAACCGCGGACUCUGAAGCAGACAACGCCAUAGUAGCCACUCCAACGACGACGACGACAACUGGUAGACCAUCUAAACCAAAACGAUCAUCGAGUGGGCGUAAAGCAGACAGUGAAGGAGGCAGCGGUGUCGAGAAAGGUCGAGUGUAUAAAACCGAGAAACGAUCUCGUGGUGGCGGUCCACGUCGGAACAAUGCCGCAACUUCCCGCCGAGCACAGACAAGUCGCCCACGAUCUCGAACAUCUACUCCACAACCUGAAAGCGGUGGAAACGGAAACGUCAAUGGAGGCCAGCCCUCAAACUGCAAUAACAACAAUACUACUGUGGACAUCAGCACGGCGAUUUUCGAAAAACUGUCACCAGCCGCUCGCGAGGCGUCACCACCCGCCAAGGUCCGUUUACCGUCUUCUCGUAUGACCAUUUCCGAAAUGAACAGACGCGCGAAGCAAAUCCUGGAAUAUAUUAGCUCAAUACAAGUGGAAAUGGCGACCAAGGAAAUGAGCGCCUCUAUGAUGGUUAAUGUCAGCACUGUGGUGAUGAAAAACAGCAACAACAACAUUGGCGGUGAAGGCAACACUCUAACGAACGAAAACAGCAGCAAAGAUAAGAAGCCAUCGAAGCGUAGUCCGAAACCGACAGCUAUCACCAUCCCUGAAAAAUCCAACACCGGCGAGGAUGAAGGACCGUCUUCAUCCCUCAGUAGCGCUAGUACGAUUCCUUUAGAUGAAAGCGAAGUGCAGCAACGGAAUGCAGAGAUGAUGGCGGAAAAGGGCAUAGCCGAAGAGGCACUUGAAAAGGCACAAAGUGAACAGUCUUCGAUGGAAAUCAUGGAUACGUUAACGCGAGAGUUGAUCCGUUUUCAACGACGCUUUGGCUCGACGCAAGACUUUGGACGGCAUCCAAGAUCACGGUUUCUUCGGGACCACAAUGAUGGCUCAGGCAGUGAAGGGGAAGGUCGAAUAACACGUAGUCGAGAAGCAAGUGCAAGUAGUGCUGGCACUAGCAACAUUCUGUUUGAAAAGCGUGCAGCGCACACUUGAGUCCCUUCCCUCCUUACGUUAUCUCACAUAUCCUUCGCUCAUCCUAAACCCAUUAUCUUUACUUAGCAUUACUCUUGUCAUUUGUCAAUAUCAA